GUAUCGUCUGUUAACUUGUCUUGACAACGUAAUGUCCUGAAUUACAGUGCGAUAAUUGGCUCUCUUCAGACGAACAUGAUUCCAGAGUCUUUGACAGCGUGAGAGAGUGCAGACGUUGAUCUGAGAGGAAGGUAAACUUAACAUUUACUUCGAAUCCUUCCAUUGCAAAGUCUUCCAAGGUAGUUGUCAUGUUAGCCCAGGAACUUCUAAGGCUCAAGAUGUGGUCAACCGGUCAGCAGUGGCUGAUCUGGCUAUUGAUAAGGCCUGUAGCCAUCUUGUUCUGGACGGUAUCACAUAUCCUCUCCUGGUUCCAUGGGAAGCCUCCUCUUCCCCCAAUCUCUAACCCUUUACUGCUGCUCAGUGCUACAGAACUCUCUCACUCCAUCAGGACACGGAAGAUCGGAUGCGAGGAGGUGAUCAAAGCGUACAUAGCACGGGUGAAGGAGGUGAACCCGAUUAUCAAUGCUGUAGUCCAGAGCCGCUUCGACCAAGCCUUGGAGGAGGCCAGGCUGAUUGACAAGAGCCUUCUGGUGAACGACAGGACCGAGGAGGAGCUGGCAAGGGAGACUCCUCUGCUGGGAGUCCCAGUCACGGUCAAGGAGAGUAUUCCAGUCAGAGGUCUGAGUAACAACGCUGGGGUGCCCAACAAGACCAGGAUAGCAGAGAAGGAUGGGGAAGCUGUAGCUGCACUGAAGGCCCGGGGAGCAAUACCCCUCCUGGUCAGCAACACCCCGGAGUUGUGCCUCAGCUGGGAGACCUACAACCCGGUUACAGGGCGUACCAACAACCCCUACAAUCCCCUCAGGACGUCUGGAGGCUCUUCCGGUGGAGAGGCAGCCCUGCUGGGCUCAGGAGCCUCAGUGAUAAGUCUGGGCUCGGACAUCGGGGGCUCUGGCCGCAUUCCUGCCAGCUUCUGUGGGGUCUUCGGACACAAACCUUCCUCAGGGUACAUCAGUGUUCAGGGACACAUGCCGACGUCGGAAGACCCGAUGUGGACUCAGGUGUUCGUGUACGCUCCGAUGGCACGAUACGCUGAAGACCUCCCACUGCUCUUUUCUUCCUGCAUAGACGAUGAGGAGAAACUGAAGGAGCUGCGGCUUGAUGAGCCUGUAGACCUAAGUAAAGUUAAAUUCUUCUACUUGGACAGAGACAUCUCUAAGGUGACCAGUCGAGUCCAUGGAGAUGUCAAACUGGCCAUGAGUAAGGCUGUGACUCACCUAGAGACAACCUUUAAAGUUCCUGUUGAGAAGAUAGAUAUAGAUGAGAUGAAACACGCAGCCCAGUUGUCUUGCAUGUUGAUGUUGAGGAUGAAACCCUGCCACACAAUCUUCCAGAAGUCUGAUGAUAACUUGACGGAAUGGAAGAGCGUAACGUGGCAGUGGAUCCUGUGGCUGUUGGGACUCUCCCGUCAUGCUCUCCAUGCUAUCAUCUUCGGCUCUAUGAAGUGGUUCGCUGACACCUAUUCUGACGAGGAAAUCUUCAAAAUGGAGGAAUGUAAAAAAAUCAUCAUACAGAAACUUCAUGGAUAUCUCGGUGACAACGGUGUCCUGCUGUACCCUACAUUCCCUGACCCUGCUCACCUCCACAUGCAGAUCUACUACCGACAGAUGAAUGCAGGGUAUCUGUCACUGUUCAACCUGGUGGACUUGCCGGCCACAGCGUGUCCCAUCCUCAUCAACAGCAAGGGCCUCCCUGUCGGUAUCCAGGUGAUAGCGAGCAGAGGGCAGGACCGCUUAACUCUCGCAGUUGCCAGAGAGAUGGAGAGAGCUUUCGGAGGCUGGGUACCUCCCACAGGCACUAGCCUACUGGAGGUCAAGACUUCAUGACCUGUGCUCCGUACCCUGUCAUGGAGUACUCUUAACUCCACAAAUUUGUUCUAUCAGUGGCGUAACUAGGACUUGGCUAUGAGGGGGGGGGGGUGAAAGUGAUCGAAGGACACAUGACACCGGGGGGUAUGGAUUAAAUCUGAAUAAAACUAGAGUUAAGUCAAUUAGAUAGGCCUAAUUUGAAGUUACAUUACAACUCUGUUUUCUAAACAAGCCGGAUUUCUUUUACAUUUAAAUUUAAAAUAAAUAAGGAUUUUGGGGAGCUCCAUACCCCUCAUCUCCCCCCUUGGUUACACCACUGUGUUCAAUAAUGAGGUAAGAAUUUUUUUAAAUUGUACUUAAUUGUCUUGUAUUAAUGUUUACAUUCUUCAUAGGUCAAAAAGUGACGUCACCAUAGAUAACAUGUUUCCCAAAGUCAUGGGAAUAGUUACAAUAAGUCUAAAUAAUUUUCACCAAUUAUAUAUAGUAAACUAAUAGAUUCUUUAAAAAUUGAUAAUUUUAUUUACACUACUGAAAAAUAUUUCUCACCAGUAAAAUAUUAUUUUGAUGCGACAAACUUGCAAUUAAAUUAAUUCCCUUUCGCAAUCUGUGAUAGUCAUAAAUUAUGCAAUUACAAACUUAAGGUUUUAACAAGUUUAAAGAAAUCUUGAUAUAAUAAUUAAAUAAAUAUAUAAUCAUAACCAAACUGUUCACCAGAGCCAUUCAGUUCAGAAUAUAUAGUACAUGAAUUUUAUAUUUAAAUAAUUGAAGAGAAAACAACAUAAGUAUAAUUUAAGUGUUUUAUUUUUCCAACAAUUAUAUAAAAGUGUAAAAUUAACUUAAUUAAAAGUAAUUAACCUAGUUUAUAUUUAAUAGGUAAUAUCAUCAGCAUACAAUAGAUUGUUCUUAGCUUACCUUAUAUAAUACAACAAUAUGUACAAGAUAAAUACAUUGUUUACAACUAGAGCGUACCUGACCUUUAUUUGUUUACAUGUGUGUUUUUUUUUAAUAUGUAUUCAGUAUCGAUUACAUGAGAAUAUUUUGGUUGUUUUAUAAUUUUGAUAAAGAAUAUAACUAAAUGAAAUUAGUUUUCUUCUCCCACUA